AUGUUGGCACAUGAAGCAGUAUGGAAGCAGUAUGGUUUUGGUAAGGCCAGGAAUACGCCAGAAUUUGGUAAGUGUAACUUUGGUAGUAAGCCCACAGCACUUGCAGUGUUGAGUCAAACACAGACUACAUCACUAUUGAAUCAGACUGAACAGCAUAUUACGGAAAUUUUUGGAUCUACUGCUGAUGCGCCUGUAUUUGGUAAAAGUUGUCAGACAACUAACGCUCAUCCAAUAUUUUAA